AUGCAGCUUAUGGAGAUUUACCCUCCUGUUCCUGGCGAAGGCCAGGAACAGGAGGGAGGGGGGGAGGGCCAGGAGGGCCAGGAGGGGGAGGGCCAGGAGGGGGAGGGCCAGGAGGGCCAGGAGGGGGAGGGCCAGGAGGGCCGGGAGGGCCAGGAGGGGGAGGGCCGGGAGGGCCAGGAGGGGGAGGGCCAGGAGGGCCAGGAGGGGGAGGGCCAGGAGGGCCAGGAGGGGGAGGGCCAGGAGGGCCAGGAGGGGGAGGGCCAGGAGGGCCAGGAGGGGGAGGGCCAGGAGGGCCAGGAGGGGGAGGGCCAGGAGGGCCAGGAGGGGGAGGGCCAGGAGGGAGAGGGCCAGGAGGGAGAGGGCCACAGGGGCCAGGGGCCAAGGGCCAAGGGGGCCAGGAGGGGCGAGGAGACAGGGGCUCCUACUGGCCACUCAAGGCCAGAGGGAGCCGCUUCCCUGGGGAGAAACGAAGAAGUGGGGGAAGAGGGGUGCUUAUAUAGUGGUGGGAAUUUGUGCCAAGCCUGGAUUUUGGCCGACGGAGAGGAGGGUCUGGAGGGGAUCCAAGACCUGAUUUUGGCCGGCGGGGUGGUGAGGUGGGUGCGUGGGUGGCCAUGGAUGGAUGCUACUUUCGCGGCUAUGGUGGGAUUUGGAGUGUAUUGCUGCGGGCUCUGUUGGCUAUUAUUGGCGGUAAGGAAAUAA